CUUCAGUUUUUGCAUUAUCACUGGGAAAUGGGAAUCAAACAAAUACUUCCAGAACCCAGUUCCUUUAUGAUUACUCGUUUCAUGGUGGUGUAUUGUUAAUUCCUCAUUUUGUUUUAAUAAGAAGCUCUUCUUUUUCCAAUAAAAUAAUAUGGAAGUUGAUGAGGAAGAUGUUGAAGCGCCAUCAUCAAGUACUAGUAGUCGUGGCGAAAAGAAAAGAUUUGAAGUUAAGAAAUGGAAUGCUGUGGCAUUAUGGGCUUGGGAUAUAGUUGUGGACAAUUGUGCUAUUUGUCGUAACCAUAUCAUGGACUUGUGUAUCGAAUGUCAAGCUAAUCAAGCAUCGGCCACUAGCGAAGAAUGUACAGUUGCAUGGGGUGUGUGUAAUCAUGCAUUUCAUUUUCACUGCAUAUCACGUUGGUUAAAAACUCGACAAGUAUGCCCACUUGAUAAUAGGGAAUGGGAAUUCCAGAAGUAUGGGCAUUAAUGAAAAUACAUUUUUUCCUUAAUUUUUUUGUAUAAUUUGUAAGCAUACUUAAAAUAUUAAAACAAAUGA